UUUGUCUUUCUUGUAUUUAUUUGAGAAUUUAUUGUAUCAACUUAAGUUUUCAAAUUACUUACGUCCUAGAAAAUAAGUGCUACCUUAUUAAUAAGUGACCUGUGAAAUAAGUGUAGAUUAAGGUCUGCUUGCUUUGAUAGAACGGGAAGUUGGACCUUGAAGUGAUCAUAAAAAUAAUGGUGUCUGUCAUAUUUAUAUGACUACAAAACAGUAUUGUUUAUAAAUUUUAUCUGGAAAUUGCAAUAAGGUUUUCUAGGAAGGAAGUGAUAAAAUAUAUAAUUCUUAAAUAUUCUAGAAGUAUCCUUUCUGAGUGAGAUAUUUGGAUUUGUUUGUAACUAUUGACUAGUCGAAGGCGAUAUAGGUGUACAUAUUAAAAUUACAAAGGCAGUAAUGUCGGUGACGUAGUUAUGUCAGCUGCUGCAGAGACGCUGCCGGCGUCUAGCUCCUGCAAUCCUGGUCCUACACCUACUUCGUCCACUCCCCCAAACCGACAGCCAGACAAACACACUGUUCAUUGGUUUCGAAAAGGUUUACGUCUCCACGAUAAUCCUGCUUUACGAGAAGGUUUACUUGACGCAGUCACUUUUCGUUGCGUUUUUAUAAUUGAUCCGUGGUUUGCAAGUUCGUCUAAUGUCGGUAUUAAUAAAUGGAGAUUUCUACUCCAAUGUCUGGAAGAUUUGGAUAAUAGCUUAAGGAAAUUAAAUUCGCGCCUGUUCGUGGUACGCGGACAGCCUGCAGAUGCGUUACCUAAACUAUUUCGCGAGUGGGGCACUACGGCACUCACUUUCGAAGAGGAUCCUGAGCCUUAUGGCAGGGUCCGAGAUCAUAAUAUUAUGACGAAAUGUCGCGAAGUCGGUAUAACCGUAAUUUCGCGCGUUUCCCACACUCUAUACAAACUUGAUCAAAUAAUUGAGAGAAACGGUGGAAAAGCACCAUUAACAUACCAUCAAUUCCAAGCUUUGAUUGCGAGCAUGCCCGCACCGCCUCCUGCAGAAGCAGCGAUUUCUAUACAAAGCCUAAAUGGCGCCACGACACCUCUUACAGUGGACCAUGAUGAUCGUUUUGGAGUACCAACUCUUGAAGAACUUGGAUUUGAAAUCGAAGGUCUAAAGCCACCAGUGUGGAUUGGUGGCGAAAAUGAAGCAUUAGCCAGAUUAGAGCGACAUUUAGAGAGGAAGGCAUGGGUAGCUUCAUUUGGUCGACCUAAAAUGACCCCACAAUCGUUGUUAGCCAGCCAAACGGGAUUGUCGCCCUAUUUAAGGUUUGGAUGUCUUUCGACGCGUCUAUUUUAUUAUCAGUUAACAGAACUCUAUAAGAGGAUAAAAAGAGUCCGCCCGCCCCUGUCUUUACAUGGCCAAAUAUUGUGGAGAGAAUUUUUUUAUUGUGCAGCAACUCGUAACCCCAAUUUUGACAGAAUGGUUGGAAACCCAAUAUGCGUUCAAAUUCCUUGGGAGAAAAAUCAAGAUGCCUUGGCAAAGUGGGCGAAUGGUCAAACUGGAUUUCCGUGGAUUGAUGCUAUUAUGAUUCAGCUUAGAGAAGAAGGCUGGAUCCACCAUUUGGCUAGACAUGCUGUUGCUUGUUUCCUAACUCGGGGCGACUUAUGGAUCUCAUGGGAAGAAGGGAUGAAGGUAUUUGAUGAGCUACUAUUAGAUGCAGAUUGGUCUGUGAAUGCAGGAAUGUGGAUGUGGUUAUCAUGUUCUUCCUUUUUUCAACAAUUUUUUCACUGCUACUGCCCAGUUAGAUUUGGACGUAAAACAGAUCCAAAUGGAGAUUUUAUAAGGAAAUAUAUUCCAGCGCUGAAGAACAUGCCAACUAGGUAUAUUCAUGAACCAUGGGUAGCACCAGAUUCCGUACAACAGGCAGCUUGUUGCAUAAUUGGCCGGGAUUAUCCACUACCUAUGGUGGACCACACAAAGGCGUCACAAAUUAAUAUUGAACGUAUAAAACAAGUUUAUGCACAACUGGCUAAAUAUAAACCACAAGAAACUCAAUUUUUUGUGAUUGCAGGUGUAAUAAAUCAAGUCAUUCAAAGACCAAAUAUUAUGCAAUCAUCACCUAGUCCCACAUCUAUAAUCACAAGUAUUAAUCAGUCAAAUUACUUGUGUAGUCAAAUAACGGAGGUGCAAAAUGUGACAACCCCAUCCACUCAAGCAUUGAAAGAAGAUGACAUAUUCAUUCGACCUAAUAAUGUAGACACAAAACAACCGUUGUUUAAGCAAGUUCUGCUGGUUCAACAACAAAAGGCUUCAAAAUUGGUACAGCAAUCAAGCUCCUGUACAGCACCCAAAGAGCAUUAUCUUAUGAAUGGUGAUCUCAAUAUUUACAAAAUCGGUAACCCUGAGGAUUUGCAAAAUGCUAAUAAAAUUGAGAAUUGUCACCAUAAAAAUCUCACACUGAAUAGACGCAACGACAAUUUUAAUAAAAACCUAAAUGAGUUCGAAAAGAAUUCAGAUACAAGUGGGACUUAUGCUCAAAACAUCAAAAUUGUAGAUUAUGAAAACGAAAAGCCGAAGUUAUUCAUGAUGGCCAAUGGUAUUGUGCCGCACAAUAAUCUAGAACAGAAUUACCUAAAUUCUUCCUUAAGAAAUGAGUAUAAUUCAGAAGACAAAAAAUCUAAAAGCAAAGGUGGCAAAAUUCAUCAUAUUGUUUUAAAUGACAGACAGUUUCUUGGGUUGCCAGAUAAAAAUACUGAGCAUAAUGAAAACUAGGUCUAAACUACAUAGUAUUUUUAUGUUGUGAUCUUAAACUUUAUUUAAGUUUUAAUUUAAUUGUGGAAAAUACAAUGUUUAUAAAUAUUCCUUUAAUAAAAUUAAGUAA